UGUUUACCCUCCUGACAGCCGCGGCCGCGGGAGGAGGAGCAGGAGUCGGGAGGAUGGGCCGCCGUUAGGCUCGCAGUCGGGAGCACGGUCGAACGGGGUGGGAGCCCGCGCCUGCAGCGUCGCGGGCGGGCGGGAACGACGCGAUCGGCUCGGGUGGCGUAGCGCAGCCCCCGAGCCUGUCCGCGCCGGCACCUGGCCGAGCAGCUCCGGUGGGCGCGACGACCCGUACGCUCCGGCUUCCUGAAUUCUAACGUCCCUGUUGCUUCAGACCAUGGAUGAACAAUCACAAGGAAUGCAAGGACCACCUGUUCCUCAGUUCCAGCCACAGAAGGCCUUACGACCAGAUAUGGGCUAUAAUACCUUAGCCAACUUUCGAAUAGAAAAGAAAAUUGGCCGUGGACAAUUUAGUGAAGUUUAUAGAGCAUCGUGUCUUUUGGAUGGAGUACCAGUAGCUUUAAAAAAAGUUCAGAUAUUUGAUUUAAUGGAUGCCAAAGCACGUGCUGAUUGUAUCAAAGAAAUAGAUCUCCUUAAGCAACUCAAUCACCCAAAUGUAAUUAAAUAUUAUGCAUCAUUCAUUGAAGAUAAUGAACUAAACAUAGUUUUGGAAUUAGCAGAUGCUGGUGACCUCUCCAGAAUGAUCAAGCAUUUUAAGAAGCAAAAGAGGCUAAUUCCUGAAAGAACUGUUUGGAAAUACUUUGUUCAGCUCUGCAGUGCAUUGGAACACAUGCAUUCACGAAGAGUCAUGCAUCGAGAUAUAAAACCAGCUAACGUGUUCAUUACAGCCACUGGGGUGGUAAAACUUGGAGACCUUGGGCUUGGUCGGUUUUUCAGCUCCAAAACCACAGCUGCACAUUCUUUAGUGGGCACACCUUACUACAUGUCUCCAGAGAGAAUACAUGAAAAUGGAUACAACUUCAAGUCUGACAUCUGGUCUCUUGGCUGUCUGCUGUAUGAGAUGGCUGCAUUACAGAGUCCAUUUUAUGGUGACAAAAUGAAUUUAUACUCACUGUGUAAGAAGAUAGAACAGUGUGACUACCCACCUCUUCCUUCAGAUCACUAUUCAGAAGAACUAAGACAGCUGGUUAAUAUGUGCAUCAACCCAGAUCCAGAGAAGCGGCCAGACAUCACCUACGUUUAUGAUGUAGCAAAGAGGAUGCAUGCGUGCACCGCAAGCAGCUAAGCUGUGAGAUCAUGAAGACAUAACCAAAAUAAUUUAAAGUAUUCUGUGCAAAUCAUACCUCCCUGUUUUUGUCUGGAUGUUAAGAUUACUAUUUCAGAGCUGAUGAGCUUUGAAUCCUUAACCAUUUUUCAUAUAAGCUUCAUUUUCUACCAGUCUAAAUCACCUUGCAAACCCAAAAUAACUUUGGUACACUCAAAUUGCAUGUUAAGAAUGCAGUGCAACAGGUAGCUUUUAGGGGCUAAAGGUUUUAGAAUUCCCUGGAGUUUUCUGUUGACUAACUGUGUUUAUAGACUGCCUGUGCCAAAUGUAAAAGGUACAUGUUGGCAGCACAUCAGAGAGGGGAAAAAUACCUGUUUGACUUGUUUGCUUUUAAGUCAUUUGUGGCCAUUGAAGUGAACACAAUUGUGAACUUCUGUGAUUAAGUUUGAAGUAUGUAUUUUAGUUCUUAGCAUUAUAUCUUUCAAAUGUAAUUCGUAUAAAUGUAGAUCUAAACUAUUUGAGAAACAUUUAAAAGUCUUAGUUCAUACAUUCAAAAUACAACUAUUAAAUGUGAAAAGGUAGGGGUCAAAAUGUGAGUCAGACACUGAAAGUCUUGUGUUUUAGUAUCUUUGAUAUUUUCUUUGCGUUUAAACAGUAUAAAUGAAUGCAUUGAACAAGUGGUUAAGGAUUUGCUUGGCUGGUGUGAUAGUCAUUUUAAAGUUGCACAUUGCCCAAGGCUUCUUUGUGUGUUUUUAUUAUUUGUACAUUUGAAAAAUAGUCUUUGAAUUAUCUUACAGUACUAUACUUCAACUUCUUUAUAAAUCUAAAUGCGUUUUAACUCAUAAUUGUACACUAUAAUGUAAGCAUAUGUUUUUAUUCAUAGAUUUUAUUGAAGUUUUGAUCAAUCCCCUUCAGAAUUUUUUAUAUUCUUCAAGUUACUUUCUUAUUUAUAUUGUGUGUUCAUUUUAUCCAUUAAUUUUUCAGAUUUUCUGAGAACAUAUUUCCCUUUUAAAAGAUAUUUGGUAUGCCAACACUUUUCUUGGAUUGAAACCUUUUUUAAAACUUUUUAAAAUUUGGGCCACUCUAUGCAUGAGUCUUGUGUUGUUAGGAAGAAAGGAUGUAUGUUACAGUGUGCCUGUGAAUGUUGAUAAUCCUGAGUCAUUUGACAAGGUUGUAAUUGUAGACUGUGUUUAAGGACAUGAAGACUGGCUAUUACCGCAGCCAGAAUUGCUGAGAAUAACAUAUCGGUAGAGAGGCUUUGGAGCAAAGUACUGUAUUUGUGCAUGAAGAUAUCAGAGAUGGUAAAGCUUAAUUUAGUUAAGGAAGUGGAGAGUUUAGUAAGCACUGCUGUCAAGAUGUUUUCCCUGAAUACCUUCAUGUUGGUAGCAGUUGGGUUCCUCAUAGAAUUGUGAAGCUGAAGGGCUGAGUGGUAGUCACUGUUGCAGAGCACUACGUGUGCAGUGAUAGCACCCUGGGCAGAAUUGUCCCACAAAGGUGAAGGCCUCGUUCAGAGAACAGAGAUCCCUGGCUUUGUUUCUUCACAAAGUAUUGCUCCUGUGUUCAUUUGAGUAAUUUCAAGUAAUUUUUAAACUUUCAAAAUAAUGGUCUUUUUUUUUUUUUAUGUGUGAUAUCUAAAGGGUAAUUUUAUCUUGGGAUAGACAAAGGAAACCUAGUUGUUCUUUUUCAUGAAGGCUGUGCUGGAUGCAUCCCACAUUUACUGACUCAGCACUCACACCGAGCAUCAGUAGACAUCCCCUCAGAGGUGUGAGUACAUUUACUUCUGGUGACUAUGUUCAUUCAUAGAAUUGACUGACACAAAAUGUCCUCUUCCUGGAACAAAUACUCUCUCCCAUUUUUUUGCAGUCUUUAAGACCAUUUGUUUCCAAAAUUCAUUAGCUUAACCCCUCACAGUGACUUUUAAGUGAUGAUUUAAACUUUUGUUCGUGAAUUUAUUAUCUACCUUAAAAAAAGCUGGCAAAUAGCUGAAGAAUUUAAUGGUCAGGGAUAUAUGCAUUAUUAUUUUCUAUAUGGGCAAACUUUUCCUUUGAGAUAUAUUUUCAAUCCAGCUGAUCAUAUUUUUUCCUAAAGAAACCACUGCGUAAAACCAAAUCCAAAUUUGAAUGGGAUAUUUGCAAAAAGUUAUGGAACUUAUUAGAAGUUCUAAUCUUACAAUCACCUAUAACAGGUUCUCUUUAUGCUUUUGCUUAUGAGUAAACUUCAUAUGAAGUUAAACAUUAGAAUUGAUUAGACUGGCAGGUUAAA